AUGUCGCGUUUCUCAGACACCUCUGUGCCCCCUGCGCAGGAAUCUGAGGACGAGCGCUACGAUGACGACUCAAUCCACGAGUCCGAGUACGAGACCGGGGCCGAUCUGACAAACACCGCCAAACAGGACGAGGAGGAGCUGUUUACCACGGGGAUCCGCAAACUCGAGCAUUUGGGACUGAUCGAUAUAGGCAACCUGGCAGCCUGGAGCGUUUCCACAAACAAACAGGGUUUUGGAAUUAAAGAGCUGCGCGAAGAUUCGCCGUUCAGUUACUGGCAAUCGGACGGCCAGCAGCCGCAUUUCAUCACCAUCCAUUUCACGAAAAAAGUCACUGUGGAAAGACUCUCUUUCUACUUUAAUUAUCAAUCGGACGAGUCGUACACGCCGUCCAAAAUCCUUGUUUUGGCAGGAACGGGCGAACACGACCUCACCGAAGUGUCUUCCAAAGAGUUUUUCGAACCAACCGGUUGGCAACACAUCUUUUUCAAAGGCGUCCGAAACGACGACCUGCUCAAAUGCUACCUGAUCAAAAUCUGCUUUCUUGCCAAUCACCAAAAUGGCAAAGACUCGCACGUGCGAUCCAUCAAAGUGUUCAGUCCGUUGUCCAAAAACGCUAUGCGCUCAGACAUCGACACCACUCUGGGAGUUGGAUUCACCAGCAUCAAGAUGCUCAGUGAAAGCACGAUUCGCUAA